AUGAAAAUAAAUCUUGUGGUAUGAAAUCAUUGUUGAAAUUGAUAAUGCUAAAGCUUUUAGCGAAAUUAAGAAAGAUAUCAGAAUUGGAUGUAGUACGAAAGGAACUUGAGUAUAAUGUUAUGAUAAAAAUUACUAAUGUCAUUUAUUUUACGAAAAAUGAUAUGUUAAUUGAACUUAAUGAUGAAUAUAAAUACACAUUGAAUGAUAUUUUAAAUGAAAGUAAACCGGCCAAAUUGGUAAGAGCUGGUAAAUUAGCUUCAGCCGAUUAA